AAGGGAAGCACACUUCCGGUUGAACCAAUAACCCGACUGUUGUUGUUGUUGACGAAGAAUUUACUACGUUUAUAAUCACAGAUGUUUUCAGAUGAACAGUCUGUUGCUCAGGAUCUGUACCACACAGAUAUGUCAUCAUCCACGAUGGGAAAUUCACAAAUGACAACAUCCAUAAUAGUGCAGCCUUCACAAAUAUCUGCUACAAAAAUGGAACAGUUAUCCACUACAGAUAUGGGAGACAAUCCAGACAAUCCAGGAACACUGUACAUAGGAGACCAAAUGAUGGGACAGCAAAUAUCACCACCACCACAGGUUUCCACAACAGUUGAUCUCCAUUCUUCAGACUCCGGACAUAGCUCCCAAUUCCAAGAGCCUAUAGCUCCAUGUCUGGUAUGUGGAGAUAAAGGAUCAGGGUAUCAUUACUCUGUUUUCUCCUGUGAAGGUUGUAAGGGCUUUUUCAAGAGGACUGUUCAAAAGUUUCUCACAUACACAUGUAAAGGUUCAGGGAAUUGUAAUGUGAGCAAGUUCACCCGUAACAACUGUCAGGCUUGCCGAUUUCAGAAAUGUUUGGAGGCUGGUAUGAAGAAAGAAGCUGUUCGUGAUGACAGAUCACCUGGUGGUAAGAACAGGAACAAGAGACAACGAUUAGAAGACAUUCCAGGUUUAAUUAAUCCAGAUGGUACCAUUAACAUUAUACCAGAGAGUAUAGAACCAGAAGAAGAUAACCUAAUUGUUGGACUGGUACAAGCCAAACCAGAUCUAACUCCUAAAUUUGAAAGUGGUAACUUGGAUUCUGAGUAUAUUGACAUAAAUCAGAUCAUGCAGCAUGGUUAUGCAGAGUUAAAGUUUAUCAUUGACUGGGCCAAGAAAGUUCCAGGAUUUAAAGCACUAUGUAUUGAUGAUCAAAUGGCUUUGUUAAAGGCAGCCUUCAUGGAGCUUAAUGUAUUGAGACUGUCAUACAGGUCAAUGGAGACAUCAAACUGCAUAAAGUUUGCGGAGGGUUUGAUUGUUCCAACAGAAUUAGCACAGGGUGUUGGUUUCGGGAAGGAAUUGGUGAAUGCCACUACAGAAUUUGCAGCUCGUUUAAAAGAAAUAGAUAUUGACUUAACAGAAUUUUGUUGUUUGAAUGCAAUUGUUCUAACAUAUCCAGAUGCUGCAGGGCUUAAAGAUAAGCCAAAGAUUCUUGCAAUGCAAGGUAAAAUCUUGGAAUCAUUACGACGCUACACUGCCACUCAGUAUCCAAAUGAUCCACGUCGUUACAGUAAAAUAUUGUUGCGUUUACCAUCUUUGAGGAGUGUGAGUGCUAAGGCGGCAGAGAGGUUCCUGUCCCUUUCCCUUGAUGGUUCUUUACAACUCAACAGCUUGGUACUUGAUAUGAUUACUUGAUGAACUGAUGUCACAUGAUCAGCUUUAUGACUGUUAAAUGAAACACUCCUUCUAUGAGAAGUGUGUUGCUCAAAUGUCUGUGAUUUCAUUUGUAAAUUCAAAUUCUAAUUUGAUGUAUAUUUUUUAUUUUAUUGUCCAAAACAUGGAAUAAAAAUCAUGUUAAUUAAAGGCUUGCUCAAGCCUACAUUCAGACAUGUUACUGUUCAUGGAUUUUCCAUUGGACUCGCUGAUUGGAUAAUGUCAAGAUUCCCAGAUUGACUUGACAAUCUUGAAGUAUGACAAUUUUAUAAACUGAAGUUUGAGAUGACAGAACUUUUUUAUUGUAGUGAUUAGAAGAAAUCAUUACAUGAAUUAACUAAAAUUUCAGGUUUUAAUCAUGCAUUUUAUCUGACAGGAUAAUCACUUAUUAAUUGAUAUGCUUGUUUUUAUUUGUAAAAUUAUGUAUUUGUUGUUAUCAGAGAUAAAUGUUUACUUUCCGCUGUUUACUUCUCUUUGAAUAUGUUUAACAAAGCAUGAAUGUGUACAUACAGUAGUCACCUUCUCUUCAAGUCUCAGAUUCUAUGGAGUGUAUUAUGUUAAUAAUAGGGAUGACUGCUUGUAAAGAAUGGAAUAAUAGAAUAUGAUAAAAGGUCAGAUCCUUAGGGUGUUCAUGCUUUGCUUUAAAAAAAAAAUGAAUGUUUUCUGUGCUACUUUCUGUUAUAAAUAUGAUUUCAAACAAUGAAAUAUCUGUCUCCAAAAAGUAUUCACAAUAAAAAGUAAAACUGACAGUUUUUAGAUCCUUGUAAGCAAUGUGGGGACACACAGCCUACAUUUUAAUCAGUUUUGUGUAAAAUAAGUAUUUAUUACACCGGUGAUUGAUCAUCAAUGAUGAAUGAGUUAAUUAAUACCUUGAGAAGGGCCUACUAUUUAUAAUUUGUUAUCCUUACAAUAAGCAUGAAAUAUGUACCAUUGGACAUGUAUACAAAUUAUUUCCAUAUAUAUGAUCUUUGUCAAAUCGAAUUGACAUAAUACACUGUAAUAGGUAACUAACAUGACAUUUAAUUUUUCAAUUUUUUAAUGAAAAAAGACAAUCAGGUAAAUGCAGUGUUAAAUUUUGUCAUUUGCAUUAUUUUAUAGCUGUGAAGAAGAAAAUUUUCACAAGGGUUUUAUUUUAGUAUUUAUCUUUAAGAGGUAUCAAAAUCAAAGACAAGAAAAAUGCGAAAAAAAAUCCUUGUGAACAGGUUUGGCAUUUGAAAUUGGGGAAUUUAAACACAGUUGAAACAGACCACUUUACAGUAGAGCACAAAUUCCAUUUCAUUUAAUUCUUAUAUUAUUGCUCUCAUCUGUUGGCUGUUAUAAUCACAAAGUUGGAGAUAUAUGUUAUUUUGUGGUUAUGCUUGUAUUAUUAUUGUUCAAAGAUAAACAAAAUUCUGUUAUAAUCUGUGUAAUAAAAAGAUAAAUGCA